AUGACAAUCGCGGUAGAACAAGGACUACAUGAACCCGAUGGAGGGUAUGAUGAGAGUGAUGGAAUGUCCACCGAGGCUUUCAAAGAAAAAGUCAGGCUAGCGAUCGAGCAAAUCGAUGAAAUGAAUGCGUAUGUUGGGGAGGAAAUAUCUCACGACUUAGAAAUUGCGAAAAUUGAAGCUGCCCUGAAAGAAGUGCUGGAAGAUGAUGUCCAGCCACUCAUCCUGUCAGUUCUCGCCAAUAUUUAG